AUGAAGUUCCAAGCAGGGGUUUUGCUUAUUAGCGUGUUGUUAUAUCAUGUGUCGAUAAUUCAAGGAUUAAGAUUUAAACUCAGAAAUGGUAUAACUAAAUGCAUACAGGACGAGGCUCAUAAAGACAUAAUUGUACAUGGAGAGUUUGAAGUCAGUUCCUCGAACAACCAAGUGAUCCACAUCAAAGUUCGUGAUGCGAAAAAACACAUUCUGUAUCAAAGAGAGAAUAUCAGAGACGGGAAGUUUGCAUUCACUACUGAAAACUUCGAAAUAUUUGAAGUGUGUUUUGAAAGCCAACCAAGCAACGAUGAAAACGAUCACGAGGUUUUUCUUAACAUAAAGCAUGGCACAGCAGCCAAAGAUUUUGACAUGCUUGCAAAAGCAGAAAAACUGCAACCAAUUGAAGUAGAACUGAAAAAGCUCGAAGGUUUGGCAGAUGAAAUUGUUCAAGAUUUCACGCUUAUGCAUUCCAAGAGCGGCAAAAUGCGGAACAUUAACGAAUCAACCCAUACAAGGGUUUUAUAUUUCUCAAUCCUAUCAAUGGUGAUCCUCAUCGGCUUCGCAUGUUGGCAAGUUUUGUAUUUAAGGCGCUACUUCAAAUCCAAGAAGCUGAUUGAAUGA